GACACUGGCGCGGCUACUACACUCGCACGUCUUUUGCUACGUUGUAUUUUUCUUACAUUGCACAUUUGGAGUGUCUUUGAGGCAUAAGGUAGUGCAGUUAGUUUAACAGGGCCGUUUGUUAGCCGACACGGCUAACAUGUUAGACGUGCGUACGGCUUUGUAGGAGUCUUUCAGAAAGUGUUGUCGAAAGGCCUGUUCGGGUUAUUUCCAUCACUGCCACUGGCUAACAAGUCCCUAAACAGAAAUGUCACUGGAGGACUAUGAAAGACAUUUCGACUCGCUAAAUUCAGAUUUGGGCGGCGGGUCAGUGGUCAGUGAGCGAUCAGCGUCGGGCACAUUUAAUGGCGAAGAGGAGAAGUUGCAUUACAUUCCUAUCCGGAUCCUCGGGAGGGGGGCGUUUGGUGAAGCAACUCUGUACAGACGAACCGAGGACAACUCUCUGGUGGUAUGGAAGGAGGUGGACCUAAACACGCUCUCCGAAAAGGAGCGCAGGGAUGUCAUGAACGAAAUAAGCAUCCUCUCUAUCCUAGAGCACAACAACAUCAUAGCCUACUUCAAUCACUUCAUGGAUAAAAACUCCCUCUUCAUUGAGUUGGAGUAUUGCAAUGGAGGAAAUCUGUACGAUAAAAUCAACCAACAGAAGGGGAAACUUUUCAGUGAGGAGGUGGUCAUAUGGUACCUGUACCAGAUUGCCUCAGCAGUGUCUCACAUUCACAAGGCUGGGAUCUUACACAGAGAUAUCAAAACUCUGAACAUUUUCCUGACCAAGACUGACCUCAUCAAGCUGGGUGACUAUGGCCUCGCAAAGAAGCUAGACUCAGAGUUUUCCAUGGCAGAGACUUGUGUGGGAACUCCGUAUUACAUGUCCCCGGAAUUGUGCCAGGGAGCAAAGUACAACUUCAAGUCAGACAUCUGGGCCAUGGGUUGUGUACUUUUUGAAGUCUUAACUCUCACGAGAACAUUUGAUGCAACGAACCCCCUGAACCUCUGUGUGAAAAUAGUCCAGGGCAACUGGACUAUGGAAGUGAACUCAGAUGUUUAUUCGUCUGCACUGAUCAAACUAGUGUAUGAGUGCCUCGAUCAAGAUCCUGCAAACAGGCCUACAGGUGAGCAGAUUCUGGACCAGCCAUUCAUCUCCUGCUACAGACAGGAGCUUGAGGAGCGAGUUGCCCUGCUGAAUUCAGCAAUGAAAAAACCAAAACUGAGUACAGUGACUGACACCCCUGUUGCUGUGGUGACCACACGAUCAAGGGAGGUGUACUUCUGGGGCGGAGGGAAAUUCACCCCCCAGAAAAUGGACACCUUUAAAGGAGGCAGCAGUGCUCAACAUGUGUGUGCAGGCGAGAGUCACUUUGCAGUGGUGACAGUGGAAAAGGAGCUGUAUACGUGGGCUAAUGUCCAAGGUGGAGCCAAGAUGGUGGGCCAGCUGGGGCACGGAGACCAGUCCUCAUACCGGCAGCCAAAGAAGGUGGAGAAGCUACAGGGGAAGGCCGUCCGACAGGUGGCGUGUGGGGCUGACUUCACUGCCUGCAUCACUGAUGAGGACCAGAUGUACAUGUUUGGAUCAGACUAUUACGGCUGCAUUGGAGUCGAGGGUGAGCUCGGCACAGAGAUUUUGGAGCCAGUGCUUUUGGAGUUUUUUGAGGAGCGGCCUGUCCGUCAGGUUUCGUGUGGAGACAACCAUGUGGUGGUCCUGACUCAGAGUGGGGACAUCUACUCCUGGGGCUGCGGAGAGUAUGGGCGUCUCGGCCUGGAAUGUGAGGAUGACUUCUCUUCUCCGAUGCAAGUGGAGAUCCCCAAAGGUGCCACCAUCUCCUCAGUGGCAUGUGGCAGCGAUGGAACCUUCUUUUUGACAGAAGCUGGAAAAGUCCUGGCAUGUGGAAACAAUGAGUUUAACAAGCUCGGUCUGAACCAGGGAAUCUCUGGUCUCAAAAACCACCCUGGAGAGGGUUACCAGGGGAUCCCGUACAUCACCACCCUUACCUUGGCAAAGCAGCUGUCACGAUUCAAGAUCCACUUCAUAGCUCCAGGGAAGACCCACACAGCUGCCAUUGAUGCACGUGGCCGUCUGCUCACCUUUGGCUGCAACAAAUACGGACAGCAGGGUGUGAAGGACUUUAAGAAACACCAGGGUGUACAAGUCCUUGUUGGACCCUUUGGAGGAAAGAUGGUGACCAAAGUAUCUUGUGGAGAUGGCUUCACCAUUGCAGCUACCGAGGAUAAUCAGAUCUUUGCAUGGGGAAACGCAGGAAACGGGCGACUUGGGAUGCCUGCUGAUAAGGGAUUUGGUUCAGAAGUAUGCCCCGCCAUGCCAAGGCCCAUCUUUGGUUCCCUCCACCAUGUACCGGACCUGUCUUGCCGUGGCUGGCACACCAUUAUCAUAAUGGAGAAAGUGCUCAACUCAAAGACAAUUCGCUCUAACAGCAGUGGACUAUCAGUUGGCAGUGGACUGGGCCAGGAGGCAUCUACUUCCUCAGUGGAUCUGGACAUAGAACCUGGUUCAGAGACGGAGUGUCGGGACAGGGGUCUUGGGGGCACAAUGGAGGAUAACACGGAGGAGUGCUUCAUGGAGACCCCAAUGAUGUCAGCAGCAAGUCAGACUGGGGACAGCUCUUGCCCUCUCUGGCUUAGAAAGGAGCUUGAGGAUGCAGAGUACAUCCCGAUGCCAGAAGGCUCUGAGCUACCCACCCCUGACGAGCUCUCUUCUUUCGCCGAGAGUGUCACUCUACCUUAUGAGGAGCUGAAAGAGCUAAAGGCUGCGGCGGCAGCAGUCAGCAGUAAGAAAGGCCUAUCGACUAAACGAAUGAGUUGUGGUAAAGUGAAUGGACUGGAGGAGACUGAAAUCUUCAAAAAAGGAGAAUCGGGCACAUGCUGCAGAGCAAGUAGCGAGGUUACACAGCUGCGGGAGACAGUCGCUCAUCAAGAGAUGAGGAUCCAGAUGCUCGAGAAGCAGGUCAAUGAGCAGCAGAAGGAGAAUGAGAGGCUCUGGGCAGCAAUCAAUCGUUCAACUUUACGGGAAUCAGGAUGCGACGAUAACGGAAACCACCACUCUGAUCAUAUGCCCGGGGAUGGAGGAAGAAGAGGCGGCGGAUUCACAAAUCACGGGGGCCGAUCUGCAGGGGCCAGUGUGUGAGACUUACCCUGCAGACAUCCCGAUCGUGGGAAAUGUGUAAAAACUCUUUAGCAUACAUUGAAUCAAAUAAGAUGGUUAGAUGGGGAGUGGAGGCUCGGUUAGAGGGUGCAGCCUCGUGCUCAUUCGCAGUGGUUACAUUACAGUAUACGUGUUUGACAGAGUACCAAGUUGCACGAUCAGAUUGUAUUGCAUAUGUAGUACUGUGCAGUGAUCUAGCUAGCUUCCUCCACAGACUGAAAUGUUGGCUGGAUUCAACAUGACACAUCGGACCUUGACACCUGCGAGACACAAUCAUCAUGGUGGUCGUAGUGUUACUCUGCAAUGUGAAUGCUAAGUCCAUGUUUUGGUGGUAUUAUUGUUGACUUUAAGUGAUGUCAGCAUUGAGGCCUCAGUGCUAAGUGCCUCAGAUUUUAUUAUUUAUUGCAUAACAGGUGAGACCAGUUUAUGCAAACGGGAAUAGCUAAUAGCUAAUGCGUGCAAAGGGUUUCCUCUUCUCAGUUGUUGAGAGAUGGGCAGCAAGUAUGUUGUCCAGAUUGAUCGUGACUCAUGUUGGCGCCAUCUUCCAAUGUGAAACCAUAACUUUGUUAGUGUCACUUUAUUUUUGUUAUUUUUGCAUUAUUUGAUAUUCUUAAAAAGUGCCAAAUACAAAAUAGCCUCUUAAACCUUUUUUCCAUAUUUAUCACACGUUAGCUAUUACACACAUUUUGUAAUUAACAUGCAAAGAAAUAUAUAUAUUUUACAUUUGCAUGUGUUAUUGUCAUAUAAACACAUUUGUGUGAAACACGAAACUACUGAUUCUUUUUUUUUUUUACAAGUACUUUUGGUUACUUUUUCUUAUUGCCUUCUUUGAUCUUGAAUUCCUGUUGGUGUAGCACAUGUUGGUCUGUUUUCUUUGUGACACUUGAACAGUUUCUUUAAAUGUGGAAAACUUGGUCUUUAAAACAUUUAUAAGAUAGCCGACUUUGCAGCUAUAAUGUUAUUGUUUUCGUAUUGCAUUUUUUAAAGCCAUUUUAACUGUCUUUGGUACUUUCUGAAAUGUUGUUUUACCAUAUUUUCAUCACUUGUGAAAGAAAAAUAUGUGAUUGAAUUGUGUUUUUUUUUUUUUUAGGUCUGUUGGUUUUGUUGUGUGUGUUAUAACAAAUAUAUGUUAUCUAUCACAGUAUAUGUGUGUGUAAAACACUUUGACAUAGUUAUCUUUUAAUCUGCUGAGUCGUGGUCAGUUAACUGUUAGAUGUCAACUGUGUAACACUGGCAGUACUUCUACUCAGUAAAACGUUAAAUGCAGUGCCUUAGCAAGCUAUUGAAACCAAAAUGAGUGCAAAUAUGACAAUCUUGUGCCUUAGGUGACUUUUUUUUUAUACAGUGUGUUGACAACAUUUAAAAAUGUGGCUUCAUUUUUCAACAGUUAACCAAAUAUUGUGGAGAUGUAACAGUUGUACACGUCUCUGGCACACUGUUGCCUCAUGCUUUGUGUAAAGGACAUAAAUAAAACUAACCGCUAUCUUUU